AUGGAUUUCAAAACCACCAAAGAAUCAAAACCAUUUCUCUCACUUUUCCUCUUUCUCCUGUUUUCUUCCAUUUUCCCUCUCUCUUUCUCAGCUGCCAAUAAACCCCUUAACUCCGAUAAGCUCCACCGCCUUGUUUCCUCCGCCGUUUUCCGUCUUCACGGAAAUGUUUACCCCCUUGGGUAUUAUACAGUGUCUCUCAAUAUUGGUUAUCCUCCAAAGCUUUAUGAUCUUGAUAUUGAUUCGGGUAGUGACCUCACUUGGGUUCAGUGUGAUGCUCCAUGUAAUGGUUGCACCAAGCCUCGUGAGCAACUCUAUAAACCAAAAAACAACCUUGUGCAAUGUGUGGACCAAUUGUGUGCCGGAGUGCAUUUAACAUCAAACUAUCAUUGUGAUACUCCGGAUGACCAGUGUGACUAUGAGGUUGAGUAUGCAGAUCAUGGAUCGUCUCUCGGGGUUCUUGUUCGAGACUAUAUCCCUCUUCAAUUCACUAAUGGAUCUUUGCUACGCCCUAAGAUAGCCUUUGGAUGUGGAUAUGAUCAAAAGUAUUCUGGUCCUACCUCUCCACCUGCUACCACAGGAGUUCUUGGCCUUGGCAAUGGCAGGACAAGUAUUUUGUCUCAGCUUCAUUCUCUAGGUCUGAUUCGCAACGUAGUUGGUCAUUGCUUAAGUGGUCGAGGAGGGUUUUUAUUCUUUGGAGAUGAUCUCAUUCCCACAUCAGGAGUUCUUUGGACACCCAUGUUACCUAGCUCUUCAGAAAAACACUACAGUUUAGGACCAGCAGAGCUGCUUUUCAAUGGAAAGCUUACCACUGUUAAAAGUCUUGAACUUAUUUUCGAUAGUGGAAGCUCUUACACUUACUUCAAUUCCAAAGCUUAUCAUGCUAUUGUUGAUCUGGUAAAUAAUGAAUUAAAGGGAAAAGAAUUGACGAGAGCAACUGACGAUCCGUCUCUUCCAAUUUGUUGGAAGGGUGCAAAGUCUUUCAAAUCUGUAAGUGAUGUCAAAAAUUAUUUCAAGCCCUUAGCGUUGAGAUUCAAAAAAGGGAAGAAUUUGCAGAUGCUAAUACCACCAGAAGCCUAUCUCAUUGUCACAAAACUUGGAAAUGUUUGCUUGGGGAUUCUGGAUGGCACUGAAGUAGGACUCGGAGAUCUGAACAUAAUAGGAGACAUCUGUUUACAAGAUAAAAUGGUAAUUUACGACAAUGAGAGGCAGCAGAUUGGAUGGAUUUCUUCUGAUUGCGAUAGGAUACCCAAUAUCGAUCGUGACUUUGAAGGUGAUGCUUUUCCACACCCAUAUGCAGCCAAUUUGGGUAUCUUUGAGGACCAAGGAUGUCCCGCCGCAUCUGAAAUGUCAAACAGAUAUCAGUGA